CUCUGGUUUUUCUGUUCGACGCGACGAGAAAACGUGCUAGUUUUUCAGCAGCCCGAUUUAUAAAAUAAAACAAACGAAAAAACGUAAAAAUGGGUGUACAAGUUGUUCCAAUUUCAGCCGGCGAUGGCAGUACCUUCCCCAAGAAUGGCCAAAAAGUUUCGGUGCAUUACACUGGCACUUUGGACGAUGGAACCAAGUUUGAUUCGUCUCGGGACCGCAACAAGCCGUUCAAGUUUACCAUUGGCAAGGGCGAAGUUAUUCGCGGCUGGGAUGAGGGCGUUGCUCAGCUGAGCGUUGGCCAACGGGCCAAGCUGAUCUGCUCACCUGACUACGCCUACGGCAGCCGAGGCCAUCCAGGUGUCAUUCCCCCUAACGCUACCUUGACUUUCGAUGUCGAAUUGCUCAAGGUCGAAUAAGUGGUCGGGUGCAGCAAACAGCCGAAGACCGUGUGUGUGUGUGUGUGAACACCUGCUACACACACACACCGACACAGGCGCACGCACGCAUAUACACACCUACAACCUGGCGCGCUCCGGCAGUGGCAACAGAACCAAACAAGAACAAUCCAACAGCAUUUUAAUUCUAUUCAAAAUAUAAAGGUGGCCGCUGUGGUCCAUGAAAUUAGACUUAAUUACCAACACAGAUAAAUGAAAAUGGCAAACGCAUACAAAUAAAGAUUUAUUCAAGUGAAA